AUGCAGGGAAAGGCUGCUAUUGGGGUUGUUGUUUGGGAUUCGACUGAUUCUUUUGUGGAUGAGAUUGGUAAGAUGGUCAUGGCAUCCUCCAGCCUCCAAGCAGAAGCUAUAGCAGUCAGAGAGGCUUGCCUUUUUGCGAGCGCUGCACAACUCAAGCAUUCUUGUGUUGAGAGUGACUGUCAAGUGGUUAUUAAACUUUCCUCCACCGAAGAUGCUCCCUUGGGAAAUCAAAGCUCUUAUAGCGGACAUUAG